UCCCAUUAUAUUGCUGAAGGUAUUGCUUAAGGUAUCUCUCUCUCUCUCUCUCAACUAUCAAAAAGAAGAAAAAAUGGGAGCUCUGGAUUACCUCUCAAACUUUUGCAUUGUCACCAGCACUAGAAGCAAGCGCAAGCCAAUGCAGACAGUUGAGAUUAAAGUCAAAAUGGACUGUGAUGGUUGUGAAAGAAGAGUAAAGAACGCUGUUACCUCCAUGAAAGGUGUGAAAUCCGUGGAGGUGAACCGAAAACAAAGCAGGGUAACUGUGAGUGGGUAUGUUGAGCCAAUAAAGGUGCUGAAGAGGAUAAAGAGAACGGGGAAGGCAGCAGAAUUUUGGCCUUACAUUCCACAGCAUCUAGUGCACUACCCUUACAUCUCCGGCGUCUAUGACAAAAGGGCUCCGGCCGGCCACGUGAGAAAUUCCGUCCAAGCUUUUCCGGCAUCCAAUGCGGCCGAGGAGAACAUGGUCACCCUUUUCAGCGAUGACAAUGUCAAUGCUUGUUCCAUAAUGUGAAGUGAAGAUAUGCAUGAAUCAAUUUUUAUGUUUUGAUCGAUCGAGUAGUUGCGUGUGCAUUUAUAUAUGCAUGUACGUGGAAUAUGUUCUUUAUAUUAUAUAUGGUACAACUUCCCUCAAUUCAUUAGGGUAUACCACAAUUUGAUUGGAUCCCAAAUGCCAUUUUUAUUGAGAUGAGAGAUGAUCACCAUACAUAUUAUUAUAUGAUAUUAUUAUGUGAACAUGAUCGAUGUUAUCAUGGUCAUAUAUAUAUAUGGACCUUAUAAUAAUAACGAGAUAUUAAUCGUAU